AUGCGGCUUCGUCACAUGACUCACGGCACUCAUGAGGAGUUUCAAGCCUUAGUAACAGUAACAGCGGACCCAACGUGUUACUCGCAAGCUGUGGGCCACCCACACUGGCGAGAUGCUAUGGACCAAGAGUUCAACGCUCUCCUCCAUAACAACACCUGGCGGCUUGUUCCACUUGCACCGGACAUGAAUAUAAUUGGGUGUAAGUGGGUGUUUCGCACGAAACGCACAGCUGAUGGCGCAGUUGAGCGGCACAAGGCACGCCUUGUUGCUAAGGGUUUCAAUCAGCGGUCUCUGUACGGUCUGAAGCAGGCACCACGGGCCUGGUUCAAACGGCUACAUGACUUUUUACUCUCUACAGGGUUCUGUGCAUCAAACACAGAUGUUUCUCUAUUUUACUACGUCUUGGAUGGCUCUCGCGUCUACCUCCUGGUCUAUGUAGACGACAUCAUCAUGAUGGGCAGUAAUCCUUCAUUGGUUAACACCUUACUAAACCGUCUGGCUACAGCUUUUAAUAUCAGGGACCUCGGCAAACCGGGCUUCUUCUUAGGCAUUGGGACGUUACACACAAGUGCAGGAAUGAUCUUGUCCCAACGGCGUUAUAUGAAUGAUUUGUUGAACAGGGCAGGAAUGACAGAUUGCAAACCUCUAGCAACUCCAGCUUCCACUAUGCAAGCAGUAACCCCGUCUGAUGAGCUGUUUGAUAAUCCUACUCAGUACCGUCGUAUAGUUGGUGCUCUGCAGUAUCUCACCAUCACUCGUCCAGACUUAUCUUAUGCUGUCAACCGCUUAUGUCAAUUCAUGCACUCACCGACCGUUGAUCACUGGGGCAUGGUCAAACGCGUGUUAAGAUACGUCAAAGGCACUGUGGAUUACGGGCUCCGAUUGUCGGCUUCCACUUCUACCUCAAUUCAGGCAUAUUCCGACUCCGAUUGGGCUGGCUGUCCGGUUGAUAGGAAGAGCACCAGUGGGUAUGCAGUCUUUCUCGGGUCCAAUCUCGUCUCCUGGCUUUCCCAAAAGCAACGGACUGUGGCUCGGUCGUCUACAGAAGCAGAGUACAAAGCCUUAGCAGAUGUGGCAUCUGAGGUGACGUGGGUUGUCUCUCUUCUCCGUGAGCUGGGUCUACAUACGGGUCAGCCGUCAAGUUUGUGGUGUGAUAAUUUAGGGGCAACAUACCUGUGUGCUAAUCCGGUUUUUCACGCCAGAACGAAGCAUGUUGAGAUUGACUAUCACUUCGUACGUGAUAAAGUAGCAUCGGGCGAGUUUGUGGUUAACUUUGUUUACUAA